CACGCCCUUCUUCUGCAGUGAAACGUCUGACUGUGCAACGGUAGAAUUUUAAUACCGAAAGUGUCCCACGGUGCGUCGGUUACGCCGCUGAAAUGGCUGCUGCGGCGACGGAAGAAACACCCGCUCUGCCGGCUGAGAAUGACGCACCGCCAGUCGUGAAAAACGAGGGCAACGAAGAAAGGGCAGUGGGUAGUGAAGAAAAAGAAGAGGGCCUCACCGAACCGGAAACAGAGAAGCCAUCAGGCAGUAGGGUAGAACCGAAAAUGGAAGAGGCGGACGCGGAGGCCGGUGAAGAGAAGCCCGCUGCAGCUGCAGACAAGGCCGCCAGCGAGGCGGUUGAGACGGACAGCGGGGCUCUGCCGGUCGAGCCGGAGGCGACAGCCGCUGCGGAAGACCGGGAGCUAGAACCGGAGCCAGAAUCCCAGGAAAGCGAGGGGGACUGCAUAACCGAACCUUCCAACAACACCGCCGUUAAAGAAGCGAAGGAGGAACCAGGAGAGGACAGUCGGUGUUCGGGGACGGAAUGCGAGAAGAGUAAAACAGUUUGUGAGGAUGUGAAGAAACCCACCGGUGGAGGGGACGGGGAGCUGGGCGACAAGAGGCGGCCGAGCGUGGAGAUAUCAUCCUCGGAUGGGGAACCGCUGAGUCGUAUGGACUCGGAAGACAGUAUCAGCAGUACCCUGAUGGAGAUGGAGAGCACGGUAUCCAGCGGGCGCUCCACCCCUGCUAUGAUGAACGGGCAGAGCAUUCCCAGCUCUUCCGGGUCGAAAACAGUGGCUUACGCCUGCUGCUGGGACCUCUGUCCACAGUGCUACAACUCCAGUCCUGACCUCGCAGAGCACAUCAGAGGGAUCCACGUUGAUGGGCAGAGAGGAGGGGUUUUUGUGUGUCUAUGGAAGGGUUGUAAGGUGUAUAACACACCGUCCACCAGUCAAAGUUGGCUUCAGCGACACAUGUUAACCCACAGUGGAGAUAAACCCUUCAAGUGUGUGGUUGGAGGUUGCAACGCCAGCUUUGCUUCCCAAGGAGGGUUAGCUCGCCAUGUCCCCAGCCACUUCAGCCAGCAGAGCUCCUCCAAAAUGUCGGGCCAAGCCAAACUCAAGGAGGAGUCACCCUCCAAGGCCAGUCUCAAUAAGAGGAGGAAGCUCAAGAACAAACGCAGGUGCUCACUACCAAAGCCUCAUGACUUCUUCGAUGCCCAAACCAUGGACGCUAUCCGGCACAGGGCAAUCUGCCUCAACGUCUCCACCCACAUAGAAAGUGUGGGGAACGGCCACAGUGUGGUCUUCAACAGCACGGUUCUUGCCAAAAGGAAAGAGGGAUCUGGCAAGGUGAAGGUCCUCCUACAUUGGACACCUGAGGACAUACUACCUGACGUGUGGGUGAAUGAAACGGAAAGGUCUGGGCUGAAGACCAAAGUGGUGCACUUGUCCCAGUUACCGCACGACACAGCCAUGCAGCUUGACCCCAACAUCUACAGAGCACUUCCUCAGAAACGUCUGAAACGCAGUAUUACCCGUGGUCCUGGCUCUGCGUUGUGGUGAGACUUCAUUGUAGAUGAUUACUCAUCGCCCACGGUGUCACUGUUCCUGUGUACUGUGAAGCUAAUUAAUUGGGAAAUGGGCCAUUUUGGAGCCACAACCCUUGGCAUCGCCUGUUUUCACUUAUGCACGAGGUAAUUCUUGGUUUUUGUUCAUUAUUUCUUUAAUUGACCUCAGCAGUUUAGUCAAGUAAAAGCUCUAAAAUUCACAGUAAUGUGUCGACAAAGGACGUCGGCUCAAUGUCAGAAACCCCAGCAUGAAGCCCAUUCCUCAAACCUUGAUCUCUCUGAUGCCACACUGAGAGCGUCUCAUCCUCUCUGUCUCUUUCUCCUGUCUUUAUGCUCAGCCUGUAAGGACUCCUCUGUGGACUUGAUACUUAAGGAGAAGCUUGUUCAUAGGAAGUUAUCUAUAUGGGAUGGGACACUCUUCAUCUGUCUCGGCUGAACGGGAGGAUUGAACUGGCGAUUUAAAGGAAGUAUAACUUGGCAAUGCUGCAGUUCUCCUACUCUUCCCUUUUUGAAUUUUGUAUAUCUGAAAUGACUGUCGUAGCCGAGGGUGAUGUAAUCGCUGACAACACUUUUUUCUAAAGUUUGUGUUUAUCAACAACUUAAAUGAAUGUGGUUUUUUUAAAGCAUCAAACUGAAAUAAUACUUAAUACCCAAUGUUGUAAAAACUGUUUUGUGUAACUUGUCAGAAAAAAACGCAUAUUUUAUAACUGUUUUGUGUAAAAUAUUUAUGCAGAUUUUUAACUUAUUUUUAUACCAUUGUCUAAUGUGGGUUUUGUGAAGGUUCUAAUAGAACCGUAUUUACUGUGACAAUCUUUGUUUGGGAUAUAUGGACAUCUCUAGUUGUAAAUAUGUUGUACACAUCUUAAGUCGUAACAAAUUAUUUAUACUCGCUGAAGGCUGUACUUUUUACCUAUGUGUAUGACAAUUGGAGUAAGCGCUUGUACUAGUCGUGUCAGCCGUGCAUUUAAUGCAAAAACACAAGUUCACAGGAGCAAUACCUCAGUAGUUACAGACACUGCAGUGCAGCUCUUAAUCUUAUCCAGCCUGAAGACAGGACAGCAUGUCAUAUGACUACAGCAUUCUUAAAAAAAACGGUACCCCAACCCCCUUUCUUAAAAGUAACAUGAAUUGUCUUUAUCAUAGUUGUUAUGAUAACUUUACAUUAUUGCUUUUUUUAUUUUUAAACUGUUUUUUUCUAUAUGAUCUUGUCCCUGUUGGAAAUGGAAUACUGUGUUUGUAAUAAAUGGGAGAAGAAACUAC